CAGAGAUCGAGCCCACGCCUCUUCCUGGCUCACUUGGUGACUUCAGGGCUGCUCCUGAACAGUUCGUGCCUCAGUUUCCUCUCUCGUGAAAUGCAGAUCAUGAUGCUGCCGCCACCACCGCCACCACGGAGCGAGAAGCCCAGAUAGACACCCCGGCGGCCCCGGGUCCCAGAGCCCCGCUGCCUGCUGCCCGGCCAAGGACCCCACCCUGCCUGCCGCCCGAUGCUUGCAGUAGGGCCCGCCAUGGACAGGGAUUGCCCGCAGCACGAACCCCCGCGGGCGGGUAGCCUCCUGUACAGCCCGCUGCCCCUGCAGAGCGCCAUGCUGCACUGCCCCUACUGGAACACCUUCUCGCUGCCGCCGUACCCUGCCUUCUCCAGCGACAGCCGCCCGUUCAUGAGCUCUGCUUCCUUCCUCGGGAGCCAGCCCUGCCCAGACACCAGCUAUGCCCCCGUGGCCACCGCCUCCAGCUUGCCACCAAAGACCUGCGACUUUGCUCAGAGUCUCGAUCUGUUGUCCAGGCUGGAGUGCAGUGAUGCAAUCUUGGCUCACAGCAACCUCCACCUCCUAGGUUCCAGUGAUUCUCCUGCUUUAGCCUCCUGAGUAGCUAGGAUUACAGGCACCUGCCACCAUGCCCAGCUAAUGUUUGUAUUUUUAGUGGAGAGGAGGUUUCACCCGUGUUGGCCAGGCUGGUCUCAAACUCCCAACCUCAGGUGAUCCACCUGCCUCAGCCUCCCAAAGUGCUAUGAUUACUGGUGAGCCACUGCCCUGGUCUUGAAGGUAGAAUUUUAUAUUCAGCCAAAUUAUCAUACAAAUGGGAGAGAGUGAUGGGAAAAAUCACCUGCAUUCAAGGGCUCAGAGCACUUGCCACACACAGAUGCACAUUAAAAACACUUUCAGAAGAAGAUCUCAGAAAAUGAAAGGAAAACAACCCAGGCAGUGCAGCAGGAGGCAUACAGGAAGAAGAGAGUAGACAGUCAUCAAAGAAAACUAAAAAGAGAGAUGAUAUUGCUUUCAAAACAAUCCUGGUUUAAAACUAUAUUUGUUCUAUACACCUUCCACAGUGGCACAUGAAUGUGUGUAUGAGUGUUGGGGGGGAUAAAUUAACUGGGCAGGAGAGUAAUGCUGAACCAGUUGCAUUAUUUUAUAUUAUUAUUAUUUUUUUUUUGAGAUGGAGUCUCACUCUAUCGCCGAGGCUGGAGUACAGUGGUGUAAUCUUGGCUCACAGCAGCCUCUGCCUCUUGGGUUCCAGAGAUUCUCCUGCCUCAGCCUCCAGGGUAGCUGGGAUUAUAAGCACAUGCCACCACGCCUGGCUAAUUUUUUUUUUUUUUUUUUUGAGACGGAGUCUUGCUCUGUUGCCCAGGCUGGAGUACAGUGGUGCCAUCUCGGCUCACUGCAAGCUCCACCUCCAGGGUUCAUGCCACUCUCCUGCAUCAGCCUCCCGAAUAGCUGGGACUACAGGCACCUGCCACCAUGCCUGGCUAAUUUUUUUGUAUUUUUUAGUAGAGAUGGGGUUUCAGCGUGUUAGCCAGGAUGGUCUCCAUCUCCUGACCUCGUGAUCUGCCCACCUUGGCCUCCCAAAGUGCUGGGAUUACAGGUGUGAGCCACCGUGCACAGCCAAUUUUUGUAUUUUUAGUAGAGAUGGGGUUUCAACAUGUUGGCCAGGAUGGUCUCGAACUCCUGACCUCAAGUGAUUCACCCACCUCAGCCUCCCAAAGUGCUGAGAUUAUAGGCGUGAGCCACUGUGCCUGGCCUGUACUGGCUGCAUUAUUAAGGGAAAUAUAUAUGCUAAAAAAUGUAAGAAAGCAAUUGGAAUAAAAAGUGAGGAAUUUGAUGCAACUACCAUAAGAAUAAAAAUAGAAUCUAUGUAUAAUUGUUUUUAUUUAGAAAAAAAUAUUUUUCCUUUACUUCUUGACAAUUUUUCAACAAGAGCUGAGUUGCCUACAUUCCAUGUUGCUCUCUUGGAGUGGGAAGAAAUCUGUCUUCAAAACAGCAUGAGAGCCAACUGGAAUCUGCAUGGUGUGUGAACAAGACAGGUAACAAUAGAAAAAGAAAGCCCAGGCUGGCCACUUAGCGUAGCUCAUCUUGGAUGCCUCCAAACACAUCUUAAAUGUGCUCAACUUAGCUAGAAUUGCAUUAAACGACACAGGAUAAGAGAUGAAAUCAUGUUUGAGCUCUGCUUGUAAUCAGAAUGCUGGAAGGGACAGCUGAAAUCUCCUCCCCCAACUGCCACCAUGGAGGGAACUAGGGCAUGUGAAGGAAGGCAACCACCAAUGUCACACAGGUAGCUAAUUUGGUGGCAGACCUAGGUCCCUGGACACCUCGAUAUUUCACCGAGCUGUCUGUCAGUGGUGUUGGAUGAAACAUCCAAAGUAAUAUUCUCAACAGCAUGCCUCACCUCCCAAGUAUUUCACAAAUAUUAUCCAAGGAUGAUUUAUUAAGAGUGAGAAUAGUAUCUGUGAUUGUUAACUGCCUUAAACCCCCACAUCCUGUUCAUGUUACUGGCACCUGCCUUUGAUACCGUAUUCAUAGCAAUGUACAAAUAUUGUAAACACUCUGCUGACCCAGGGGUUUUCUUGCCAUUGGCUAACGGUGCAGCAUUAAUACGUUGCACAUGUACACAGAAUGGCAGUAGUUACAACAUUUAUGAAGCUUUAGCAUCUGCACAGCCAGAAAGCUUGAGGGCGUAUGUUCUGCAUGUCAGAGUAUUUCUUAGGAAACUGAAAAUAAAUACAUUAUGAAAUUUCAGUUUUCGAUGUGUCACUAGUGUUGUCCUGGUGUCCUGUCAUGCCUGCUGCAAAACACACUUUGACCAGGGAGGGAUGCCUUAUGAAAUCCCACUAUAUCAUUUAAAUCUGCAGGAGUGCCACAGAAUUGCUUCUGUGUUAUUAACAGGAAGAUAAAACAUGAAUUAAAAACUCACUAUAUGCUGGCUGUUAUGCCAAGAGCCUUGCUUGCAUUCUUUAAUUUAAUUCUCACUUUAAACCCUAGGCAGUAGGUGCUGCUAACCCAUUUUUCCCAGUUAGAAAACUAGGGCCAACCAGGCACGGUGGCUUACGCCUGUAAUCCCAACACUUUGGGAGGCCAAGGUGGGUGGAUCACCUAAGGUCAGGAGUUCAAGACCAUCUCUACUAAAAAUACAAAAAUUACCCAGGCAUGGUCGUGCACACCUGUAGCCCCAGGUACUCGGGAGGCUGAGGGAGGAAAAUCGCUUGAACCUGGGAGGCGGAAGUUGUGGUGAGCCAAGACGUGCCACUGUAUUCCAGCCUGGGCAACAGAGUAAGACUCCAUCUAACAAAAAAAAAGAGAGAAAACUGGGGCCCAGUGAAUUAAGUACCUUUAAGUACCUUGUUUACUGUCAGAGCUAGUGAGCGUAAAAACAAAAACUAAAACUAAAAAACCUAGUGAGCGGUAGGAACCAGGAAUCAAACCUAGAUUUCAAGGCUUGCGUUUGUACCAUGUGUUCACAGCCAAACUAUUGUAAAUUGCAGAGGUGACUGUAGCAUAAAAUCGCUCCCUGUUAUUAAUAUAUUCACAGUGAAAUAGGUUUUCCUGUUGCUAUGGUUUGAAUGUGUCCCUGAAAAGUUCAUGUGUGGGGAACUUUGUUCCCAAUGCUGCAGUGUUGAGAAGUGGGCCGUUGGGAGGUGAUAGAGUCCUUCAUGAAUGGAUUGAUUCAUUCAUGGAUUCAUGGACUAAUAAGGGAAAGUGUUAGUUACCACAAAAGUGAGUCUGUUAUAAAAGCCAAAUUGUUUGCCCCCACUGAAGUACAGAAAAAAAAAAAAAAGAAAGAAAGGAAAAAGAAAAGCCAGUUUGGUCAUCUCUCCUGAGCCUCCUUGCCGUGUGAUGCCCUGUACUGACUUGGGACUCUGAAGAGGCCCCACUGGCAAGAAGGCCCUCACUAGAUGUGACCCUGCAACCUCGGGCCUCCAGACUCCAGAACUGUAAAAAAUAAAUUUCUUUUAUUUGUGAAGUACCCAGUCUCAGGUAUUCAGUCAUAGCAACAGAAAACAGACACCUGUGAAAGACAUAUUUAAAAUGGACUCUACCAUUGCAUUUCUUAUGUGGAAAUUAUUACAUUUCUACCUCAUGAUUCUCCUGUUUUCUCACCAGAAGGAGUUAAUUUAAGAGGAGGGGGAAGCUGGGCGCACCAUCUCAGCUCACUGCAACAUUUGCCUCCCAGGUCCAGGCGAUUCUCAUGCCUCAGCCUCCAAGUGGCUGGGAUUACAGGCCUGCACCACCAUGCCUGGUUAACUUUUGUAUUUUUAGUACAGACAGGGUUUUACCAUGUUGCCCAGGCUGGUCUUGAACUCCUGACCUCAGGUGAUCCACCUGCUUCAGCCUCCCAAAGUGCUGGGAUUACAGGUGUGAGCCGCCGUGCCCGGCCUCAUUUCACCUCUUGAAGUUGAGUUUUCUCGUGAGGCAGUUACACUUGAUUUAUAACGUUCCUCUCAGCUUUAAAAUUCCAUAACAUUCCAGAAGCACUAUCUACUAGUGAAACAAUUUACUGGGAGAAGUAGUGAGUCACCUGUCACUGGAAGCAUCCAAGCAGAGUGAGAAUAGCCAGUUGUCUGAUACGCUGUAGAGAGAAUGCCUACAUUAGGUAGAAGGUUAAUAUUUGAUUUCAAUAAUUAAGCCAAUAAUAAAAAAUAGCACUGUGUAUGUAAUAUGUGCCCAGCAUUGUUCUAAGCAUUUACACACGUCUCAUUUGAUCUUUUCGGUAACUGCAAGGGGAGUGAGUACUAUCCCCAUUGUACAGAGGAUACUCAGAUCAGGGGCAGCACUAACCAGAGAUCUCACAGCUAGAGAGAGAUGGAGAUUGGAAAUCAGAUUGCUGUGGCCCCCAGCAAGUCCUAAUCACCACCCAAUUCUGUCAGCAGCCUCGGGGUUCUGGGAUGGGCAUGUCUUCCUGCUGGCCUGGGAUCUAGGUGCAAGGUGACGUGCCUGUCUCCGAGGCAGGGAAUUGAGCAUGGAAUGCAGACAGCAGGCUUGCCAACAAGGCCACUUUCCCAUGGCCUGCAGCAGAAAGGGGCUGCCUUCCACUGCCUGGGCCGCAAAUGCUCUGAGCCCUUCACCGGCAGCCUUAU